CUCAGGAAAAAUAGAAAUGUGAUCAACCACGGAUAAAUUUCUUUAAUUAUCAACUGAUAUACAACAUACACACACAUCGAGAACGUCUUGCAAAGAGCUUUGUGAUGUUAUCGAGCGUUUCGUCUCGAGCGAUUUACGGGAAACAUAUCAAAGACCUCAUCGAGUGAGGUUAAGUCAGAGGGGGUGGAGGUGUAAACUAUAUUAAUUAUGUCGAUUUAUUUAACGACAAAAUAAAAAAAAAAAAAAAACGAUCGAUCUACAAUGGCUGAUAAUAAUUUGGCAAAAGUUUUUGCGGCUGAAGAUUUCAACCCAGAAAAAUUUGUGAAGGAACUCAGUGCGCAAUGCGUCGGUGCGGACGACUUGAGGCAACAACGUGCAAAAAUACAAGAAUUAGCAAACAACACGUCCGCUCAAUUAAAACGAAAUGUUUAUCAAAACUACAUGCAAUUUAUUGAGACUGCCAAGGAGAUUUCGCACUUAGAAAGUGAGAUGUAUCAAUUGUCACAACUUUUGAGUGAGCAACGUGCCUUGUUAAGCACAUUAGGAUCGACCAGAACUGCGGGUGUUGUGUUCGAGGAUUUAUCUGAGUCGCAGCAAGAGAACUCAGCUAAUUCUACAUCCAAAGAAGAGGAACAAAAGCAGAAGCUUAUCGAACUAAUUGAAAAUGUAGAAGGUGCUCUGAGUUUGGCCGAAGUGCCAGGACGUGUAUGUUUGCAUGAAGGUUCUCUGCUGGAGCUGGAUCCAAUUGAUGGAACACCAUUAAAGAGAAUUCAUGCAUAUUUGUUUAAUGACAUCUUGAUGAUUGCAUCUUGGCUAGCCAAUGGUGGUAGACGCGGCCCACCUAGAUACAAAAUGCAAGCAGUUUAUAAUUUAGAGAGCCUAGCAAUAGUUAAUGUAAGAGAUCAUGGCACGGUGAAACUGGCAUUCAAAUUAUUAGCGUUUUCCGACACGAGAGUGUUCCAGUGCACCACAGCGACAAGUAAAAAAGAAUGGUUGGAUAAAUGCGAGCAAGCUAAAAGAGCAAAACUAGCGGAAGAAAAUUCUGUUAAUAACGCGCAGGAGAAUAAUAAGCAUCCAAAAGAGAAUAAAGUGGAACCUUCUCGUUCGAUGUCGCUGGAUUCGAACACAUUAGGGAUGGAUGACGAUGAUGAUUCGGAAUACCACGAACCGCCUCCGGAAUGGGUAUUAGAAGUAGCCGAGGAUCUAGAUUCCUGUAUAGCGCAGCGUCAUUUCGAAGAGGCUUAUAGUUUAUUAGAGAAAGCAAAAAUCUAUUUGAAGGAUGCCACCCCGACGCCAUUGUUGACGGACAUUCAGACGAAGGUAAACGAGAGAAGUCGAUCUCUGAUCAAUGUACUGACUAAAGAAUUGGAAGUAAGUGUAGAAGCAAAGUCCCUAUUGGGAGGCGGUUUGAGAAGACCGCGACGCGCGGUCAAACUUCUGAUACAAUUAAACAGAAGCACGCAAGCGUGCUAUUUGUAUCUGCGAUUGUGCAGCGCUGUGCUAAAAGCGCGGUUGAAGAGAAUUAAAGAAGAAGGUGCGACCGAGGAAAUUUACGUAAAGCAACUCAGCGCGAUCACCUUCAGCAAUAUAGCGGAGAUAAUGAAGGAAUUUCUCAAGAUCUUUCCACAAUCUACGAACUGCACUUCCGGUUUAAUUGUAUGGUGCAGUUACGAGGUAAAAGACUUAACGUCGCGCUUACUUAAGUGUCUCUUUGAACCGGAACUUCCGCUAAGUACAGUGGUAGAAUGCAUUGUUGCUGUUCGGAGUCAUUGCAGCCAGUUAACCCAACUUGGCAUGGAUAUACGCUAUCAGUUAGACGGUCAACUCAGAUCCGCAUUAUCCAAGACUAUAGAAAACGCUGGAGAAAAAUGUAUCACUUUGGCGAAACGUCAUAUAGCGGAGGAUACUUGGCGGCCGACCAAUCUGGAAACUAGUCAGAAUCUUGAGAAGUUGUUGUCGGAGCUUGAUGACUUUGGUGUUCAUGUACCGUCGUCAUACGUGACGAACGAUUGUUGGGUGCAACUGACGUACAACACGUUGACUUUUUCCAAGAUGUAUGUCAGACUGCUGGAAGACUGCCUUAGCAUAGUCACACCGGAACUUAUGUCUGUAAUAGAUAAAGUGCUUGUAUCUGUGAUGCGGGUCGAAGUUCAACAUCUGAUCAUCUCGCUUACAGAUCCGAAGUUGAAACAAGAGCGAAAAUUAGUGCAAAAUAACGCAGCUUACGUGCGAGAUGUUGUUAUUGUUCGUGGUCUGGAAUUAUAUAAAUCCGCGACAAAUCAAAAGUUCACGAAAUUGCUCACUCUGAAAGAACAGAUUGUUUUCGAAUCUCCGUCGCCUACGAAGCCAAAACCAGCCCCCAGAACUUCAAUUACUAAAUACUCGACCACGGAGUAUAUUUAACGGGAAUAAAGAUGUUACAUGAUGGCUCAAUUUACGGGCAAGAGAAAAAAAACUGUUACAAGAACAAGCGCUUACGUAUGAGCAUGUGUAUAUGCGAGAGUAUGUAUUAUAUUGUACAUAUGAGAGGCUUUUUUUGGUGUAGAUUAAGUACAUGUAUCGUAACAAGAUGAGAUAAGAGCAAGUUUGUGUAUAGCACAUUCAAGGUGCGCUCAGACAGGUAAUUAAUACCAUCAGUAAAAUUUACCAAUACCUCGUAGGAACAAAUAAUAAAUAAAUUCGAAAAUCUGACAAACUAGAAUAUCAGGUGACUCCUUUAAUAGAUGGUGCAUAUGUAUAUAUAUAUAUAUACAUACGUAUGUAUGUACAUAUAUAUUUAUAUACAGAAUGCACACAGUAAUAUG